GAUUGGUCAGAGGCCCUUUUAUUUUGCAACCUUACGUUUCAACAGCAAGUCAAAAGACGUUUUUAUUUUGAAGUUUUACGUUGAAUAUCAUAAUAGACCUUUAUAUUUUUCACCUACCUCUUUUUCUAUAAAUUAUUUGUUAUUAUUAAUGUUUAAAAUAAUAUUUAUUUGUGUGCUAAUAUAGAGAAUAGCGGUUUUCUUCGUAAUAUAUUAAAUUGAUUAUUUAUGAAGAUAUGUGCAACAUGUAUUUAAUAAUCAAUACAUCAUGAGUGCUAAGUAUGCAACAAAAGCUUCACCUUCCAAGGAAAUGGUAUUAGUGGGUGAGGUGGUGGAAGUUGUUGUGAAAACGCAGGAUAAGUUAAAAAGAUCAGAAAGUACACCCACCAAGCCAACUUCUAAUACCCCUGGACAGAAAGCAUUGUCUGAGAAAAAGAAGUCUACUGUGAACAAUACUGGAAGUCCUCAGAACUGGGGUCUUAUUUUUGGAAAUCAGAAUCUUUUAUAUAUGAAACAAAUGCAGUCUUCUAAGUCUACUAAAUAUACAGAGAAUAAAGAAGUAAAAAAGAAUUCAAAUGUCCCAGAAGUACAGAAAAAUAAAUGUAACUGUAGCAGUAAACAUACAGAUGCCACUUCAUCGAAAAGGAUAUCUUCUCAAAAGAAAACAGAAGAGCAUCUCAAAACUUGCAGUUGUAAAAAGUUACCUUCAUCUUCUUCAAAUAGUAUACAGUCUGUAUUUGUCCAAGAUCGAGUUGUGCAAGUUCCUGAAAUAAGUAAUGGUGCUUAUAGAUUUGGUGAAUUCAAUCCAGUGCGUACAUUACGCUUUCUAAUGAAAGAAUUAGAAGAUUCAGUUGUGAAAGACAAGAGAACCAAUGAAAUCUUUAAUGAAAUAGAACAGAUAUUAUGCAGAAUACCUGCAAGUUCUUCUCCGAAAAAAUCGGCAUUUGGGGAAUUAGACAUUAUUUUCGUACAGUCGAAACUAGAAGAAAGUAAAAUUAAAUUGCAAGAAUACAGUAAACAAAUGAAGGCAAAAUGUGAAUCAUGGAUGUCAGAACGAGAAAAGUUACUUAGCCAAAUUCAAAAGCGAGAUGCGUGCUUAAAGGAAGCUGAUCAGAAACAGGAAAUUUUAGAAGAUCAUAUAAAAGAACUCACGUUUCAAUUGAAAGAAGUUCGAGCAACAGUUCGAGCGGCGGAGGAUAAGGAUGAAACAGUGUCGACGUUGAAGCAACAAAUUAAGGACGACGAGAAAGUCAUUUCAGAAUUGAGAACAGAACUCGCUAAGCAAACGAAACUUGCACGCGACCGGCAUAUUAAAAAUCAGUACAUGAUAAUAGAAAAGGAGAAGCUUUCGGUUUUGUCUUCCUACAAAGAUACGCUCAACAUCGAGUUUCGAAAUACAAUAAAAGAAUUUCAGAAUGACAUCACGGAACAGUUGGCCGCCUUAAAAGAGAAAUAUAUCAACGGUGGCAAUCCAGGUUCUCCAGUGUCGCCUGUCGACACAGGAGUCGCCUAUUCCUCGCCCAAUUCGAGCUCCAUCGACGGCCACGGUCUAUCGGAUAUAUCUCUAUCCGUGGUAGAGCGCACACCUCAAGAACGCGUCGCUCUAAAAGGAAACGCAGCUAAUAAAGAUUCCACGCGCUUCAUUAGUUUAGCUCUCGGAGAAUCAUCGCAUACCCUCGUGCCCGAAUCUUUCCAAAAGCAAGUUGCGAAUAAUGGAGAGAUGGCGGUGCAACAUCACAACAAAAUUGAUGCCGUCCCUCAUCGGAAUGCAUCGAACACGGAUCACGAGUUCGCGAGGAAAUCCUUGCAUCGGUCUUCGAAGGAAAAUCACAACGCAAAGAAUAUGUUUAAUAAACCGAUGGUCUCCGAUAUAGAAAAACAGGUUCAAAAUAUAUUAGACGAUAUGCAAAAUAGAGUGCCUGUGGACGUACCAAGUCCUCUGAGAGACUGCCCACCGCCUGAUUGGAGCGAUAGUAGUUUGUCUAGCGUUGACACGGCUACCGACGUAGACAUUGUGCCUUCGAACGACAUUUAAAUCGCACGUGUAUUUCAAGUUAGCGACACUCAACAAUCGCCGAUUCGUCGUGUACAGAUUUGUAAUUGCCGAAGAGAGCUGUGAUAAGCUGUCGCGUGAAAUGAACAUUCCACUCGGCGAUGAUGUUCACGAAGUGCUAUUUAUCAAUGAACAGAAUUCUAUUCGUUAAUGUUGACUCACAUUUUGUGAGAACUCGUCGACACGCUAUUUUGUAAAUAAAGAUUUACUGCACGUUGAAUCGCGAAAGUUUUCUCACCGGCAGAUGUCUACGUUAGCGCAGAUACUUCUCGCGCACGAAUUCCUACCAAAGUGACGAGACAACAAUAUCGUAAUCCGCUUGUCUCUUUUUGCACAAACCGAAAGAGUUCUUUUUUCACGUUCAUUUUUAUUAUUUAGAACUAAGCAUGUAAAUCUCUUUGUAUUUUUUUUUAACGAAACUGUAAGAAAAUCGCAAAAAUAGGUCAAAAAUAUAUUUUUGUCUGUAAA